AGCCUAGUCCUAAUUGUCAAUUUCUUUUAGAUAUUUAGAAGUUAUCUGUGUAAUAAUAAAUACUUCCAUGAUGGAUAACAGAAAACGUGCUCCUGUAAUAGUGAUUUCAAAUGAUGUUCUGGAUGAUCUAUGCAGCCGAUUUUUAUUGAAUAUUCCAGGACCUGAGAAAGAUGAUAUGGUUCGUCUCUGUUUUCAAAUUGAAUUGGCCCAUUGGUUUUAUUUGGAUUUUUAUCGAACAGAAAAUCAGGAUUUACCUGACUGUCGUGUACGAGAUUUUGCGAAAAUUAUUUUUGAAAACUAUCCAUUCCUGCUCAAACCGACUGGUGCUAAUAUUGAUGAGGUAAUAGAUCGUUGGAGAGAAUACAAACGUAGUGUUCCAACUUAUGGUGCAGUUAUCCUGGACGAAACUAUGGACCAUGUUUUACUUGUUCAAGGUUUUGUUGUUAAAUCUAGCUGGGGAUUUCCAAAAGGGAAAGUAAAUAAAAAUGAAAAGGCGGAAGAUUGUGCUGCUCGUGAAGUUCUAGAAGAAACAGGAUUUGACAUAAAACCAUACAUGAACACAACAGAAUAUGUUGAACAGAGAUUCAACGAACAACUCACAAGGUUGUAUUAUGUGGUUGGUGUGCCCUGCAUGACAAAAUUUUCUCCUAAAACACGAGGGGAAAUUAAAAGUGUAGAGUGGUUUAAUAUGGAUGACUUGCCAUGCCAUAAAAAAGACAUGACCCCCAAACAAAAUUUAUCUAUGGCACCAAAUAAUUUUUUUAUGGUGAUACCUUUUGUUGCAAAGAUACGAAAAUGGAUUGCAGGACAGAGAAAUCGCUUUCAGAAGACCCAGAAAUCUUCGAAACCAUCAACACCAGUGAAAAAAAUCCAUCAUUCAGGUAGCAAUCAUAAACUUGAAGGUCUCAGCAAAGCUCAGUUUGAGCAUCUAUCAAGCACAAAUCCUCUACCAGUUGUGAAUAAGAAAGAAGAUUCUUUAAGAGAAGCUGAAAGACAAAGACAAUAUUUUGCACGAGAAAACAACCUACAAUUAGAAAAAAUUCUACGAAUUAAAUCUGGAAAAAGUUCUCCUCAACCACAAAAAAUUCAACCAAGAAACAGGUCUAAUUCUCCUCAUCAUAAGUUGUCUUCGCCUGUGGGAUAUAGCUAUGUCUCGAAUCGUGGCCGAGGACGAAUUUUAUACAGUGAGGCCAUGCCCGAAUGUUGGAAAAACUUUCAGUUUGAUUUAGCCUCGUUGCAGAAGGUCAUUGAUGAGUUUACACCGUAGUUAUUAGUUACUACCUGAUAACUAUUCCCUUAUGCAUUUUUAUCGUUGAAGGCUUUUGCACUGUUUAACAAAUUUAAAAUAAAUGAUUUUGUUUUACAGAAUAGUGUUAUUGGAUUUAAAUGAGAUGAAAUUGUGUUUUAUUUUUUUUAAAGGAAAUUUGCCAGAAGCAAAAUUUGCUCUUUCACUCACUGAGAAAUAAAGGUCGUUGAUCUCUAAGCAAAGUUACAAACGUCCGCUAAUGUGUCAAGAGCUACACAGACUUUAUAUAGAGUUAUAAGAUAGAAUUACACAUUGGUAAAUACCAAUUGACAGAAAACAUUUAAAAGCUGUUUCUGUCAAUACAAUCAGGAAAACAGUUAUAAGGUAGUGAAUUCCACAUAACUGAAGUUCUUGAAAAAUAUUUUUGGUCAUUUUGACUGGUAGGUACACUGACACUAAACUGGGGUGAGUGCCAACCAAGUUUGACCACUGAAAACGUUUUUAGAAAUAAAUCCAGAAGAACACAGUUCAUUAUAAUAUCUGUAAAAUGUUCACAGUGAUGCAAUAUGGGAAAGAGCUUGGCAGUUCAGAUGACAAUUAUAUAGUAUGAGAUUAAAAGGUAAUUUGAAUUUACAACAUCUUGUCUAACAUGUAUGAUUAAUUUGAGUUUGUCUCCACGCAUAGAUAGACAAGACAAAAGGGAAAGCCACACCAAGCCUCAAAAUUUUAUAUGGUUUUCUCUUUUGUACCAGAUAAUUGUUUUGAUAUGUCAGAGCUAUUCGAAUUAUCCACCUGGCCUUAGCAUUUACACCAAAGAAUAUAUAACGUACAGUACAAUCGGGUCAUUUAACUUUGAAUAAAACUAUUACAUUUAAUAUCACUGUGUGCUAGUUAGUGUCUAUUAACAGAUUAUGUGUCAAAUAUAAUGAUUUACCAUUUAUAUAGACUCUUCUGUGGUUGAAUCAAGUAGCCUUUUGCAUAUUAUUUUAAUCAACAAGGAAAAGUCUUUAUGUAUUGGUGUUUAUUAUUUCGUCAUUUCUUGUUUAUUUCCUUUGGUUUUGUGAAUUCUUCAACUUCAAAGGUAUGAGCACUGAUAGAUCUUUAUAUUUAUCUAGAGAAGUGAUUCUCAAUCUUUUAUGACUUGUCCCCUUCUGGGGUAUAUAAUCACCCGUGGCCCCCUUCUGGAGGAUAUAAGCACUCGUAGCCCCCCCUUGCAUAACCCCCUUCUGAAGGAUAUAGGCACUCGUAUUUUUUACUGAAAAUGCAAAGAGUUUCUAAUUAAGAAACUAAUUUUAGAAUCGAUGAUGCCAUUAGAGAUAUUAGCAUUCUGUAAUUCACUAGACUUUUUAGUUUGGAAUUUGGGUCCAAACUUCAUACCUGCAAGUAACAAUGAUUUAUACUUACAUUUGUUUUGAUAAAAGUAUACAAGUUGUAAUAGAAAAGCAGUUAAUAAAAGACAACUUUUAAGAAAUUGGUUCAAUUCCGUUUACAAUUAUGUUUAAUUGAAUCCUUUCCCACUGAAAGUUUAAAACAUUGGGUUGGAAAUAAUGUAAGACUUUUUUUGAAUGCACUGGAGUUUUUUUUUCAAUUUUCUGACAUCAAGCAAGAUUUGUUUUUAUUCAUCACUUUGUACAUAAAAAACUGAUAUAAUAUCAAACUUAUUGCGGAUAUAGGUUGAAAUAUUUUAUUCAAUUUUGAUGAUGUACAUGUUUAUUUAUGUAACAAGAGAGCAAUUCUCAAAUAUAUGGGAACGAAGGAACCUCAUCAGUACCUGUAUGGAAAGAAAGGAGAUUUUUCAACUAAUGUCACCUCAGCAACAAUUAGCAAAACGAAACAUAUGUAUACUUCGUGUACAAAAAGUGAUACUUAAUCCUCUCAGCACCCAUCCAUCAGUAUGUCCGACAAUUUUGUGCUUUUAUUCUGUGCACCACAUGUUUUUAUCUUUGUAUGUUUGUUCCCUUUCGAGUUGAAAUAUGAGCCAAGUAAACUUGGA